CCGGCAGUGCGCGAUUGCCCCUUGGCAUGCUUCUUGUAUCCUCGGCGCGGGGACUGCCGGAGAUGUUGCAGACGAUUUACGAAACCGAAUCGUGUUUCUCUUCAGAUGGCGUUUCCGGACGCGAACCGUCGCUGGAGCUCCUGUCGCGAGCGCAGAUCCAUGCCAUACCUGUGGCGGCUGUGGACUUGAAGCCGGUGCUUCCUGUGGUGAUGCAGACUUCCUGCAACAGCAGCAGCAACAGCAGCCCGGUGGACCUGCGGAUGGAUGCCCGGCCCAGCCUGCCCAGCGUGGACCCUGCCGCCCGGGAACAACAGCUGCAGCAGGAGCUUCUGGCCCUAAAACAGCAGCAGCAUUUGCAGAAGCAGCUGCUCUUUGCCGAGUUUCAGAAGCAGCACGAGCACCUCACGCGGCAGCACGAAGUCCAGCUGCAGAAGCACCUCAAGCAGCAGCAGGAGAUGCUGGCCGCAAAGCGUCAACAGGAGCUGGAACAGCAGCGCAAGCGGGAGCAGCAGCGACAGGAAGAGCUGGAGAAGCAGCGCCUGGAGCAGCAGCUGCUCAUCUUGCGCAACAAGGAGAAGAGCAAAGAGAGUGCCAUCGCCAGCACCGAAGUGAAGCUGAAACUUCAGGAGUUCCUUCUCAGCAAGUCGAAAGAGUCUGCUGUACUUGGCGGCUUGAACCAUUCCCUCCCUCAGCACCCCAAAUGCUGGGGGGCCCACCAUACCUCAUUGGACCAGAGUUCCCCUCCCCAGACAGGAAGUCCAGGAACGCCACCCUCUUGCAAACUACCUUUACUCGGCACUUAUGACAGCAGAGACGACUUUCCACUCCGGAAAACUGCAUCAGAACCCAACUUAAAAGUGAGGUCACGGUUAAAACAGAAGGUUGCGGAGAGGCGGAGCAGCCCCUUGCUGCGGAGGAAAGAUGGGACCGUCAUCAGCACCUUCAAGAAGCGGGCAAUUGAAAUCACAGUGUCUUCAAUGUGCAACAGUGCCCCUGGGUCUGGCCCCAGUUCCCCCAACAGCUCCAACUGCGCCAUCACAGAAAACGGGCUCACUGGCUCCGUGCCCAACAUCCAUACUGAGAUGCUGCCCCAGCACCAAGCUGUCACGAUGGAUGGAUCAGCCAGCCAGCUCAGUUUGUACACUUCUCCGUCUCUGCCCAACAUCUCCCUAGGACUACAGGCCACCGUCACGGUGACAAAUUCGCACCUCAACGCCUCCCCGACCCUUUCCACGCAGCAGGAAGUGGAGCGCCAGGCCCUCCAGUCAUUGCGCCAGGGGGGCGCCCUGACUAGCAAGUUCCUGAGCAUGUCGUCAAUCCCCAGCUGCCUCCUCGGGGUGGCCCUCGAGGGCGAGACCAACAACCACGGGCAUGCUUCGUUGCUGCAGCACGUCCUGCUCUUGGAGCAGGCUCGCCAGCAGAACACGCUAAUCGCUGUUCCUUUGCACGGCCAGUCCCCUCUGGUGACGGGGGAGCGCGUCCCCUCCAACCUGCGGACGGUCAGCAAGCUGCCUCGGCACCGCCCACUGAGCCGCACCCAGUCGUCGCCGUUGCCCCAGAGCCCCCAAGCGCUGCAGCACCUGGUGGUGCAGCAACAGCACCAGCACUUCCUGGAGAAACAGAAGCAGCAGCAGAUUCAGCUGGGAAAGAUCAUUACCAAGACUGGCGAGCUGCCACGGCCGCCCACCACGCACCCCGAGGAGACGGAGGAGGAGCUGACGGAGCAACAGGAACCUCUGGGUCUCGGCCUGGGCCAGGGCCCCUUUGGGCUGGAUGGGUCAACGGAAAGCGAAGAAACGCAGGAUGACCUGGAGGAGGAGAAGGAGGAAGAGGAAGAGGAGGAGUUGGUGGAAGAGCAAGGCUGCCUCCAAGUCAAGGACGAAGCUGGGGAGAGCGGGCUGGAAGAAGAUCCGGAAGUUGAGGAGUUGGGAGUAACUUACAGGCAGGUGUUCGCAGAUGCGCAUCAGCUAAGACCCCUCCAUCUCUAUCAGACGCCCCUGAGCAUCAACACGCUGCCUCAUCAAGCCCUGAGCCGCACCCAGUCCUCGCCCGCCAGCACCAGCCUGAAGAGCAGUACAGCUGAACCUGUGAUCAAGCACCUUUUCACUACAGGCGUCGUUUAUGACACGUUCAUGCUGAAGCACCAGUGUACCUGUGGAAACACUAAUGUUCACCCAGAGCAUGCUGGGAGAAUCCAGAGUAUCUGGUCCAGGUUGCAGGAGACAGGGUUGCUGAGCAAAUGUGAGAGGAUCCGGGGCCGGAAAGCAACACUGGAUGAAAUCCAGAUGGUCCAUUCGGAGCACCACACGUUACUCUACGGAACCAGCCCCUUGAACCGGCAGAAGCUCGACAGCAAGAAGUUGCUAGGGCCCCUUACUCAGAAGAUGUAUGCCGUCCUUCCAUGUGGAGGCAUUGGGGUUGACAGCGACACAGUGUGGAACGAAAUGCACUCGUCCAGCGCGGUCCGUAUGGCUGUUGGCUGCCUGCUGGAGCUGGCCUUCAAAGUGGCAUCCGGGGAGCUUAAGAAUGGAUUUGCUGUCAUCCGGCCACCAGGGCAUCACGCAGAGGAGUCCACAGCCAUGGGCUUCUGUUUCUUCAACUCCGUUGCAAUCGCUGCCAAGCUCCUCCAGCAAAAACUUGCCGUCAACAAAAUUCUCAUUGUGGACUGGGAUAUUCAUCAUGGCAACGGCACCCAGCAGGCGUUCUACAGUGACCCCAGCGUGCUCUACAUCUCUCUCCACCGCUACGACAAUGGCAAUUUCUUCCCAGGCAGUGGAGCCCCUGAAGAGGUCGGCAGUGGGAUGGGUGUAGGCUACAACGUGAACGUUGCCUGGACUGGUGGAGUGGACCCCCCCAUUGGCGAUGUGGAGUAUCUGACCGCCUUCCGGACUGUGGUGAUGCCGAUAGCCAACGAGUUCUCCCCAGACGUGGUCCUCGUCUCUGCCGGCUUCGACGCUGUGGAGGGUCACCUGUCCCCUCUGGGUGGAUAUUCCGUCACGGCCAAAUGUUUCGGACACCUGACCAAGCAGCUGGUGAAACUGGCGGGCGGGCGUGUCGUCCUAGCGCUGGAGGGAGGCCAUGACUUGACCGCCAUCUGUGACGCCUCCGAAGCCUGUGUCUCAGCUCUGCUCGGCCUUGAGCUGGAGCAGCUGGAUGAAGCUCUGUUGCAGCAGAAGCCCAAUGCGAACGCCGUGGCCACGCUGGAGAAAGUGAUCGAAAUCCAGAGCAAGCACUGGAGCUCAGUGAAACACUCUGCCGCUAUCGUCGGCUGUUCCUUGAUGGAGGCGCAGAAGGGCGAGGCGGAGGAGGCGGAGACGGUCAGCGCCAUGGCGUCACUGUCAGUCGACACAGAGCAGGGGAAAGCAGACUGCACUGUCCGACAAACAGACGAGCCAAUGGAGGCCGACCCCGUGUUGUGAAGUGCCAAGACUUCGAUUUGUGUAGCUGUCACUCUGUGGGUUAUAAUUGGUCAUUUGUGAUUUCGUUUCAAACAACCAGAAGAAGAAAACCAAUUAAUUUUUUUAUCUAUUAAAAAAAUGAGAAAAAAAAUAGUUGCACUGGACAACAUGAGCCCCCAUGUGUGCGUGACCUUGUCUGUCUCCUGGCGUUUGUUCUCACCAGCAUCACCAUAUUGUCCUAAUUCUUGGGGGAUUUGUGAGGGGAAUGUGG